AUGUCCAUCGCCAGCCCCAUCAACUUAAUCCUCGCCUCCCUCUUCAUCAUCCUCCUGUAUUACCACUUCAAGCCCAAACCCGCCGUGGCGCUCCCGCGCGGCCCGCCCCCUAUCGUCUUCCGCACCUACACCCCGAAGACCCUAAUCGAGUUCAACGGCGAGAACGACAAGCCCGUGUUCCUGGCCGUGCGCGGGCGCGUAUUUGACGUUACUCCCGGCAGGAAUUUCUACGGUCCGGGUGGCCCUUAUGAGAACUUUGCCGGCCGGGAUGCCUCGCGCGGUCUUGCGUUCCAGAGUUUCGAUGAGGAAAUGCUGACCAAGGAUUUGUCGGCUCCGCUGGAUACGCUCAAGGAUUUGGAUGCGGAUCAGUUGGAGAAUCUGCAGUCGUGGGAGGAACGCUUCUCGGAGAAGUAUCUUGUUGUUGGCAAGCUGGUUGCCGAGGGGGAUCCUGAGGCCCCGGCUGCCUGA